AUGCCUCUGGAUACUACUGUGAUGAGCUCCACUCCAUCACUUCACAUCCAACGACGUCCUUGUGGAAGAACGGCAGCAGUUGCUGCUCAUGGGAUGGGGUCACAUGCCACGUCCACAAAUCAUGUGAUCGGCCUUGACCUCAGUUGCAGUUGGCUCAGAGAAGCCAUCCAUUGCAACAACACCCUCUUCUUGCUCCUGGAUCUUCGAUGGCUCAGUCUCGCUGGUAACGAUUUCUACGGCUCACAAAUAUCCCCCAAGUUUGGUACCUUUACUCGAAUGACACAUCUCGAUCUCUCUGGUUCUUCUUUCCAAGGGAUCAUUCCUCUGGAGAUGAUAUCUCCCCUUUCAAAGCUAGUUAAACUCAGUCUCUCUGACAACUAUGACCUAACAAUAGAUGAUGAUCAUAGUUUCAGAUGGCUUGUACAUAAUCUGACUCAGGGAAACCUUUGCCGUUUAUCCUCCUUGGCCCUUGGUGGUAUCAACCUCAGCUUGGACUUUGAAAUAUUUGCACGGCUUAAGAAUCUUGAGUCCCUUGAGCUUUCGCAGAACCUUACUUUGGACAAUAAUUUAUUUCAAGGUCCAUUGCCGCGAUCUUUAGAAAACUGUACAAGCUUGGCGAUUUUUGUUGUCCGUCUCAGUGGAAUACAUGACACUUUUCCACACUGGUGGUUAAAUGCUACCCUCAACAGUUUGGAGUAUCUAGAUUUGCAGUCAAACAAGUUUCAUGGGGUCAUUAAUGAAAUUCCCCUCUCUCCUACGCUCAAUUACCUCAUACUCUCCAACAAACAGUUUUUUGGACAGAUGCUGAUAAACUUUUUCCGAGAUUCAAGUGCUGAGUUCAUCGACAUAGACAAUAACAAUUUUGACAGCCCACUUCCGAUUCCACCCCCCACUAUCUUGUUCUACUCCAUUUCAAGCAAUAUGUUUAGCGGAGACAUUCCUCAUCAGCUCUGCAGCGCCAUUCGGAUAGAGAUCAUCAACCUGUCGAAUAAUAACUUGACCAGCUCAGUUCCUCACUGUUUCAUAAAAUUAACUCUUUCAGUAUUGGACCUCCAAGAAAAUAAGCUUGUUAGUCAGAUACUAAAGAUAUUUGUUCGGGAAAACAACUUGAGGACAAUUCAGUUGAUUCAAAAUUGA